AAGAAAUAGUAAUAGUAAAACGAAAACAAGCGUCCAUUUUCUUUCUCCUAUAGCUUCUGUUUCUGUAUCUUGAGUCAGUUUUUAAAAGAAAUAAUUAUAAUUCAUAAAUGGCGAAGACAUAUUCAUCCUAGAGUUUGAAGAAGUACAUUGUAGGUAACAAUAUCUGCAUGUUCCGCUCGUGACAAGAACCAGAUGAUGAUUGAUCACAUGAAGAUUUCCCGCGAUCCUAUCAUGACAAGGUCUAUUACCAAACAUUCGUAACACGACGCUGCCUCAGCAUUGCGUCUGAUAAGACCAGUUUUCUGACGGUCUUUUCUGGUCUUUUUGUUGUGUCUAUUAAUCUUUGAAGGACAUGGUUCGAGCCAAUACUUUGGCCACCCAGGAGGGUGUAAAGACCCCUCAUCGCAUUGAGUUAUGUGAUCACCAGCCUGUCAGACCUACCCGCACCUAUAGAAAGCGCAGGGUCAUAGCUGCCACACCCACUAAGACUGAGAAUGUAGAAGUGAAAUCUGAACCAAAAAUAAAGAAAAUUGAUGUUAAAUCCAAACCACUGAAAAAUUGUAACGGGUGCACAAACAUGACCAAUGGACUCGGUGGGCGUUCCCGAGCAGCUCGGGCCGCCGCCCGCGCCGCAGAAAGCCACAAACUAACUGAAUAUUUUAAGGAAGAACUAAAGAGUCCUAAGGUGGAACGUCCUCCUACACCCAAAGAUAUAGAAAAGACUGUCAAAGUAGAACCUAAAGUCACAAAUGGAAAUUCAAAUCAUAAGCUUACGGAGUAUUUCCCUGUGAGACGUAGUGUAAGGAAGACUUCAAAAUGUGUGAUGGCAGAGAAGAUGAGAGAUUUGGAACGGGCUGUGAGAGAACAGAGAGAAGAUGGGCUGGCGGUGGCAUAUUUCGAAGGCAAGGGGCGCGGUAUAAUCGCGACGCGGCCCUUCUGCCGCGGCAGCUUCGUGGUGGAGUACUCGGGGGAGCUGGUGGGCGUGCAGGAGGCCCGCGAGCGCGAGCACAUGUACGCGCAGGACCCGGAAGCCGGCUGCUAUAUGUACUACUUCAGACUGCAGGACCAACAGUAUUGUAUCGACGCAACGGCAGAAUCCGGCCGCCUCGGCCGCCUCGUGAACCACUCCCGCGCCGGCAACCUGCACACGAAGGCGCUGUGGGUGGACCGGCCGCGGCUCGUGCUGCUGGCCGCGCAGGACGUCGCGCCCGGCGAGGAGCUCACCUACGACUACGGCGACCGCUCCAAGGAGUCGCUGCAGCACCACCCCUGGCUCGCGCUCUGACGUGUGACGGUCGACGGCGACGGCGACGGCGACGGGUAUGUUUCCAGAAAUCUCCGGUGAACUACUGAACGUUAUUUAUUAAUUUAGCUUAAUUGUGAAGUUUUCUGUUAUGACGCUUUGUUUGAAGUUGGACAUAAUAUUCAAUGUUGUUAAGUAUUAAGAGGAGUGGCCUAACUACCUGAAUUGACGAGUCUAGGAUUUAUGCUGGAUGUCUUUGGUGGUGUUUAAUGGCUUUGAAUGUCUAAUAAACCGAUAUUUUACAGACAGACAUACCAGCAUGGAGGUUUCUAACUCAUAAUGAGUUUUACAUAGAGUGGGCUAUGAAAAAAAAUGAAGUACGAUUUUAAAGAAGCAAGCAAGCAGUCCAGUUUACUAGAAAAUUAGGUUGCAAAAAAGAAUUCAUUCCUAUUGCACAUAAAAAUCUUAAUCAUAGAUCUAGUUAUACAGCAAAUAUUGGCUUCCUGUAUCUACUAUAAUUUUUUCCCCUCACUAGUUCGGAAAGUUGUCUUUUAUCCUUCAAUACAACAUUUCAUACGUCAGAAAUGUCAACAUUGUCAACAAUUUUUUACUAAAAAACUUUUCUCACCGACUCGCGUAAAAAUACACAAAGUCCAGAGUUUUCUGUUAUAAUAUCGUAAAAAAUGAGUGAUUCCAGUGAUGAAGAUGAUCUAACGCCUGUGGAUGUUGCAUUUUCCUCGCUAUAGUGAGGUGAAAAGUUUUGUGUUAUACACGGGCGCAAAUGUAUUUUACUUCUCGUGUGUUGAAACACUCGCGGGUAAAAUACAACUUUGCACCCUUGUAUAACAAAUAACUAUUAUGUUAAUGUCACAGCUGUUGAAUCUCCAAAUAAAUAAAUAUGGACAAAUUAGCUCAGUAACGAAUAUUUUUUGGCACGAAAAAUCUGUUUUAGCAAAGGGUGAUUUGAAGCAACUUAUAUUUCUAGUAAACUACUGCGUUCGAAAAAAAUGCAAGUACAAAUAAAUAUUGCGUUUUAAGGGAAAUUUUAUGACCGAUGUCCAAAGACGUCACUGUCUUAUGGUGCCUUCACGAGAGGCCUGAAGACUGCGCCCUUUACUGACCGAGACGUGCGAGCGCUGUCGACACUAAACUUGACUAAAUAUGGUCCUUGAUAUACCACUUGUUUUGGUGCAAGAAAUUACCGUAAAACAUGCCUGAGUUUAUUGCAUUAAUUGUAGCGUGGGAAAAUGGUCAGUUUAAUAGAUCGUCAGGUGACAACCAAGACACUAAUUACUAAAAAGCGACCUUAUUUUGGUACUAAUAUGGUUCACUAUGGCUAAGAACUUGUGGAGGUAAUUAAUGAGUUUAGGUUGUCACCUGACGAGAUAUAGUUUACGAAAUAUAAUUUGCACCGAUUGGUCAGAAAACUUUAUCUUUACGAAUACAAAACUAUUACAAAGGAGCGGUGCAGCACCAAGUUAUGAUACUUUGUGUUUCUGGGAUAAUAUGUAAAUGCUUUUUUUUUACACAACUAGUAUUUACUUUGAAAUGUCACAUAAUAUAUUAAAUUUGUCAUUAAAAUUAAAGAUGAACGUAUCUAAAAAAUAAAACUAAAACUAAAAUACAUCUAGAAAAUGUGGCCCCUUUGGCAUGGUGCCGAGGAUGAAAUUAUUUUUUCUUGUUUUUUUUUUUUUUUUAAGUUAACAACCAACUAUGAAUUGAAAAGUUGGAAAAGGAACUAGGAAAACCUUGAAAUUCAAAUUUAGAAAAGUAAAUGGGAUCAACUUGAUCCGAUCAAGAUUAUUUAGCUCAAAUAUACUUUUAAGCAAGACCGGGUGCUAAUUGUUUUAUUACCCUAUUGUAAAAGAGCCAUUAGCGAUAACAUUCAUCGGUGCAAAUAAUAUUUCUUCAACUAUACCUAACCAUUAUUUUCGACGUAAAACGCUACGCGUCUGUGCAUUCGCCUAAAUCUGAGACUUAAUUCCUGUACUGCUUAAAUCUAACCUGAUUAUUUGUGGCAUAAGUUAAGUUCUUGUUUCCGGGUAUGCCGGGUAUUUUACGGUGUAAAGGCGGGAAGUUGUAAUUUCGUUUUUGAUUUGUCAUUUGUAUUCCUAAAUUACGGACACGCAACUAACUCGAAUAGUGUUGUAUUUAUCUUUAAUUUUAAGUUAUUAUUAAUUUGAACAUUGGAAAGACGCAUGGUUGUAAAAUUUGCUCAGUGUAUUAAUGACAUUCAUUUUCGAACCCAUCAUCAAUGACAGUAUGUAAAAAUCUUCAUACAUUUAAAAGAAAGAGUUAAAUUUGCCCACCGAACAGUACAUUACGUUCAUCGCAGUAACUAAUGGAAGCCGCAUUAAUUCAUUAUUUAAAUUAAUAAAAUCCAGGGUGAUUGAGCUCACCUAGAAAAUCUAAACACAAUUCUAAAAUUUAAAGUUCCAGAUCGAUUUUUCGCUGGCAAAUUUAGAUAUUUAAGAGUUGAGGGGUAGAAGCAAACACCAUUAAGAGUGAAACCUGCCACUUUCUACACGUAAAGGCUUGUUCCUAUGUAGUAUAUCAAGCCCCUUUAAUGCAAGUGACUUUCUGGCACCACCAGGCCACCACUAUGCUAUUGAAAUCAUCUCAUUAUAAUUUUGGGGCGCCCUGGAUAUAGAUCUCCCUGCAUUUUCUUUAUUGUAGAAACAUACAAAAAGUCCAUUUGCGAGACUUAUAGUGAUCAUAAGCGUAAGUGUGAUAGAGACUGUGUCCCGAUUAGAGAAAGUAAGAGAAGAAAUUUGAAAGAAAUUGAGAAAUGCCCUCGAGCGUCAGCGAUUUACCAAGACUGAAUUGAACGUUUAAAAAGUAAUUUCUAAACGAUUUUUUUACUCGAAAAUCGUUGACUCUCGAAAUUUGAUACACGACAGUUAGAUAAAUUUUAAUGUUAAGAAAUGUUUUAUAUGUCACUUAGUGUAAUUAUUUGUAAGCUAGAACAGGUGGGUAGCCCUAAUCACCAUACGUUUAGAUAUUUAUGACGUCCUUGUAUCGCCUAUUUGUUUCAUUUACAUCAAUCAAUUGAAUUAAUUCAAUUUGCAAUGACAUUUAAAAGAUAUCACUGCCAGACUUUUAAUAGGUAAGCUUUGAUUGGUACUUGCUUUUAAAAAUCUUUUCAAUUUAUGCUUUCGUGGGACGAAAUUCAUCGCUAAAAUAGGUCAUUGAUCCCAUUCGCCAGGUAUGCAUCAUACCUUUUUUGAUUUCCUAGGAAUGGUAAACCACCUAUCCAAUUUAUUUGUCCAAUGUGCAUUGCGUCUCACUCUUAUUAGGCAAAAUGUGAGACGCAAAUACAGGUGGAAUACCACCCUUAGUUAUAAUACAUUAUUUUGAAUCUUUGGCCGUAGAACCUGUUAAUAUAUUAAGUUUAAAUUUGUUUUGGACUGUUUUAGAGUGUCAAUGACCUUUGCAUCUACUCGAUCGACCUUCGGAUUACGAGUAUUGCAACUACCAAUCGUGCACUUGAUUACUAAUAUUUUCAUGACAGGCUAAUGUUGCUGGACAGUAACCUUGGACUAAAUAUGAAAUAUAUACACUUUGUUGUUAAAAUGUACAGUCAGCUACAGAAAUGGCUAAGCGAGUAAGGUUUUCAAAAUUAAAUUAAUAAUCCUUUAUUGUUAAGAAACUAAGAGCUUGUUUUUUUAACCACUCGCCCGUUUAGAUAGUUACUUCUGCUGCUCAUUAUACUUAGAGACGAGUAAAAAAAUUACAUAUAAUGUGUGAAAACACACACACACGCGUUUUGAGAUAUUUAGAGUGAUGUCAACGAGCUAUGCAAAAUAUAGCUGUGACUGAAACCUCGCAUAGUGCCGCCAUCAAAUUUUUUUAGAACUGACGAAAAUUCCAGUGACGUCUAACUUAGUAAUAUGUUUAAUUGAAAUUCAUAUACCAGUUCAGCAACAUCACAUCGCUAUAGGUAAUAGUAUUACUUUCGUUGUUCCUACUCCUGUAUACUUGUUAAUACUAACGCCUCGUGUGAUCCUAACCCUAUUUUAUUGACAUACUUCUAAAGCCUUAUGAUAUCUAAUAAAGUGAAAGUCUAGUGAGACUAGACAAGAAUUAUUAGAACCUUUGUGUGGUAGGUUAUUUUGGGACUAUUGAAACAAACAUCGGUAUACGACUGAAGCCUGUUAUAAUAUGAAAGAAAUAUUCUUAGCUUUGUUUGUUGGUACAAUGAUUGUUUCAAUAUGUUUGAAGGUGCUACCAACCAAAUAGUGUUUUAAAAUGUCUCCGCAUAAUUUUACAUCCUAAUAACUAGGUUAAUUAUAUUAAAUAUUUUAAAUAGAUUAAUAUAUUCCGUUCAAAUUCAAAUAUGUAAUGCAUUUUGUUUUAAGUAUAACCCGUAAGUAAUAGUGGGGUAGCACUGAAUACUGAUAACCGCGGUUUAGUUUGAGUUAGUAUGAUUUUUUAGAUGUUGUGAGCUACUUUUGUAGAAUUAUGCUUCGAAUACACGAGCUAUGCCGCUUAGUACGUUGGUGACUAAAUUUCUAUAGCCGAGUUCUAAAGGCAACCGAUUGUAUGGUAGAUUUAGUCGCAUUCACGUGGCUUUCUCAUGGAUUUGUAUCUUACACCUAUCUGGGAGAACAUUAAUUAGCUUUAAGUACUUUUAUAUCGAAUUAUAAACGUGAUAUUGCAAUUUUUUUACAUGUCUAAAACAAUAAUCAAAUUCAUAACAAAAGUAAAGUGUAAAAUCAUCUAGUUAAGCUUAAUGCCGAAAUUGAUUUGUCUAGAGUUAGAUUUUGACGUUUGGACUGAAGUUACAGUUUAUAAAUACGGUCUUAUGGUCGGAGUUUAAAAUUAAGAUAAAAUUUUGUUCGACGUUCACUGCUAUCCUGAAGCAAGGUAAAACACCCCUCGCUUAUUAUUGUUAUAUGAUAAAAAUACGUUCAAAUAUGUAGUUACUAAAAUAAUACACAUUAUUCAUAUUCUAUAAUAAAACAUGAAAUGUUGGGAGUAUGGCCAACUUUCGAAUUUUAUACAUAUUUAGUUGUGUAUAAUUUACAAUACUACAAGCUAUCAUAUUACUAGGUUACUUAAUUUACGAAGUUUUGUCGCCGAAUUAGCUAAUUAGUAAUCAUGUUUAAAUGGACUAUUUUUGUAUAAUGAAUAUGUUUUUUUAGACCACCUCAAGCAAAGAUUACCUAAUACAAAAUAAUUAAACAUCUAAAGUUAGGGCUCGAUUUCACGAAUUAGUGGCAAAGGACUAAGUUAAGACCUAAGCCUACGUCAGUCUAAUGAAGACUGACACGGCCGCCGUAUUAAGGAUAUCGUAAUCGCGCCUUUAUUUUGAUCUGUAGAACAAUAUUUAAUUUACAGAAUUGUUUCUUACUUUUUAACAUAGCUCUAUUUUAUUUAGUAAUUUAAUAAAUGAAUUGUUUUUUUUUUUCAUUGGCAGUUUAUGAGGCUGGUAUUUGUUUGCUAAGAUGAAACAAUUGCCGAUUGGAUAUUAUAUUACAUUUAGCAACAGUGUUGUUAUGGUAAAUUUCCUACUUAGCGGUGUAAUGAGACUUAUUUAUUUUGGAAUAAGGGCACCGUGCACUGCCCAAAUAAUAAUCAGUAGUGAUUGAGUGAAAUAUAAAAAUAAUGAACUUUGA